GGAGAAUGGUAGGUAGGCUUGCCUUGAAGACUUGCUAAGAAAAAAUUCAUAUUCAACCAGUGACGCAAAUGCAACACUAACGUCAUAGUCCACCUCGACAAUAUGUCGUCCAAAGACAGGAAGGACAGGGACCAUCGGGAUGAGCGCGACAGACUAGACAGGCGUGACAGAGACAGGAAAAGAUCUCGUUCUCGGUCCCGGGAUCGCGACCGCAGGGACAGGCAGCGGGACGACAAGAAAAGCCGUGACAGGGAUCGGGACAAGGAGAGAGAUCGCGACAAAGAGAGAGACCGCGACAGGGACCGCUACCGAUCGCGACGCGACCGAUCGCGUUCGCCUAAUGAUAAAAAGCAAAGACUGAAGAAAGACAAACACGAUGAAGAAGAAGAAGAUGAAAAACUUAACAAGAAACAACCGAUUUCCCUGGAAGAGAUGUUGGCGAAGAAAGCAGCCGAACAAGAAGCUCUGUCGAAGCCAAAGUUUCUGACCAAGGAAGAGCGGGCCAAGCAGGCCCUCCAGAAGCGGAAAGAGGAAGUGGAGGCCAAACGAAAGGACCAGGACGAAGCGAGAAAGAAACAGAUGGAAUUCUUGAAGAAUUCACAGUUGGCCGGCGAUCCAUGGGAACGGGAACGGGUGGAGCGAAGGGAGAGACGAGAGCGGAGAGAAAGGGACGACGACUCGUCCAAGAACCGAGAAAGAGAAGAGGAAAAGGAAAAACAAGCCAUCAAGGAUCGCUACCUCGGAGUUGUCAAGAAGAAGCGACGGAUCCGGAGACUCAACGACCGGAAAUUUGUCUUCGAUUGGGACGCGGGGGAAGACACCUCAACAGACUUCAACCCGAUCUAUAAGGAUAAACACGAGGCUCAGUUAUUCGGGCGUGGCCACAUUGGAGGCAUAGACAUCAAGCAACAGAAGAAAGAGGCUCGAUUCUACUCCGACCUCCUCGAUAAACGGCGGUCUGGAAAACAGAAAGAGCAAGAAAAAACAAGAUUGAAGAAAGAAGACAAGAGGGAGCAGAAGCAGAAGUGGGACGACCGGCACUGGAAGGACAAGAAACUUCCCGAGAUGACCGAGAGAGAUUGGCGCAUCUUCCGAGAGGACUACAACAUCAGCACCAAGGGAGGACGCAUCCCCAACCCGCUGCGAUCCUGGGCCGAGUGUGAAGGAAUACCGUCAAAUAUCAACGAUGUCAUCCAGGGUCUGAAUUACACGGACCCCACACCCAUCCAGAGACAGGCCAUUCCUAUCGGUUUGAUGAACCGUGACAUCAUCGGCGUGGCGGAGACCGGUAGCGGUAAGACGGCUGCCUUCUUGAUCCCCCUCCUGGUCUGGAUCACCACACUGCCGAAAAUCCAAAGGGAGGAGGAUGUCGAUCAAGGCCCGUACUCCAUUAUCUUAGCACCGACUCGCGAGCUGGCGCAGCAAAUCGAGGAAGAGACGGUACGCUUCGGCCAGCCGCUAGGUGUCCGAUCUGUCUCCAUCAUCGGUGGCAUAUCACGGGAGGACCAGGGAUUCAAGCUGAGGAUGGGAUGCGAGGUUGUCAUAGCAACACCGGGUCGUCUCAUCGAUGUGUUGGAGAACCGCUAUCUGGUUCUGAAUCAGUGCACUUAUGUUGUCUUGGAUGAGGCUGACCGUAUGAUCGACAUGGGUUUUGAGCCGGACGUUCAGAAGAUUCUGGAGUAUCUACCGGUGACCAAUCAGAAACCAGAUACUGACGACGCCGAAGACUCAGCAGUCCUCCUCGCAAAUUUCGCUACCAAGCACAAAUUCCGACAGACCGUGAUGUUUACAGCCACUAUGCCUACUGCUGUAGAGCGUGUGGCCCGAUCCUACCUACGUCGCCCCGCUGUGGUCUACAUUGGCUCUAUCGGCAAACCGGUAGAGAAGGUUCAACAGAUCGUCUACAUGGUCUCCAACCAAGAAAAGAGGCACCGAUUGGUCCAGAUUUUGGAGAAGGGUUACGACCCGCCCAUCAUGAUCUUUGUCAAUCAGAAGAAGGGAUGCGAUGUGCUGGCCAAGUCGCUGGAAAAAAUGGGAUACAACGCAGUGACCCUCCACGGAGGCAAGAGCCAGGAGCAGCGAGAGUACGCCCUGGCCAGUCUCAAGACGGGCAUCAAGGACAUCCUGGUAGCUACCGACGUCGCGGGUCGCGGUAUCGACGUCCGUGAUGUCUCCAUUGUCAUCAACUUUGACAUGGCCAAGAAUAUUGAAGAUUACACCCAUCGCAUCGGUCGUACGGGCCGAGCCGGCAAGACGGGUACUGCGAUCUCCUUCCUGACACCAGAUGACAGCGACGUUUACUACGACCUCAAGCAGCUGCUGCUGUCCAGCCCCGUAUCGACGUGCCCGCCAGAGCUCUCUAGUCACCCCGAUGCUCAGAACAAGCCUGGAACCGUCAUGAACCGGAAGAAACGACAGGAAGAGACUAUUUUCACCAACUGAGCAGGCUUGUGGUUUCCACAUUUUUUCUUCUGGUCGUUGUUGGGUUUUUUUGGGGGGGGAGGGUGGUUUUGAUUAUUUUGCAUUUGUGUGUGAAACAUGUACACUUUCUCUUUUUCUUUUUAGGGGCGAUUCUAGAAUUAUGUAAUGUCUGCGACAGAGCUCAUUGAAUAAACCUGAAAAUUUAUUUUUUUCAAAUCUUAUACAUCCAUCAUCUAGUAAUGGUCAAGGAGAUUACAGACUAGGAGUUUUGGAUCAUUCCUCUGAAUCGUAAUUAUAUUUAGAUAUCAUGGUCAAUUUGUUCUCUUCGACAUUACACUUCAUAUACAAAGAAAUAAUUUAUUGAAAAGUAAAAAUAUCAUGUAAUUAUCAAAAACACCAAAUAAUUAAUUCUUAAACAUCUGUUUAAAUACCGGUUGGAAAAUGUUUUUUGGGGGAAAAGUCGUCACUAUGGUCAUACU